AUGGAGAUCUCUGUUGCACUGAGCAUUCUAGCUUCCCUCCAGGUAAUCCAAACCAAGUACAAUAUCAUCAUUCAUCUCUGGAUGCAUGCAUUCCACAAACUCCUCAACCUCUUCAUGCUAUUCACUAACAUCCAACUUGACAACUUUUUGCCAACCCUUGCUCGCUUCAUUGAGCACAUUGAAAUCGAGGGAGCCAAGGAACACAAGUGGAUUAUGAUGGCAGGCACAGGUGGUCCAGCUGUAAAAGUUGCCAAGAAGUGUCAAGUUGUGCCCGCAUUCUGCGACAAAGACAGAAAAGAUAAACAGAUGGACGUGGAUGAUGAAGGCGCCUCACAAGCAUCUCCAGCUCUAUCGGACGCAAACCCGCCUGCAGAGUUGCCAGUGUCAUUCAAACUGGCAUUGGAAUUUGCAUUUUUGAUGCUCUCAUUCAUUCUCCACAAUCCAAUGCAGAAGGCCUCACCUUUUGCUUUUUUUCACCCCCACAACAUCUUUACUGCACAGGGAUUAGUCAUCCCAACUGCUGGCCACUGGUGCCUUCAUGGGAUGGAGUGGAUCAGUCAAAAAGUCUUUGAGUGUGGAUACUGGAAGAACAGAGAGGAGAGAUGGAUGGAGGUGGAGAUCCUGGAUGUGGAAGAAGGUGGCCAACUCACCGAUGGGAUUAUCGAAGAUGAAUAUGACGAAGAGGAUGGCCACUCCCAUGGCUGUGUGGUUUCCUUGUCAACAGUUGUUGAUGGGUUCACCUGGGUAGAGGGCACAUGUGAGUGGAGGGUCAAGGGUGUAUUGGAAGUGAAAGUGAUGCGAUGGCUUGAGGAAGAUCAUCAUGAGCAUGAGGAAGAGGAGCAGAGACGAUGUGGUCGUCGUCGGACUGAUGACUGUAUAGAUGUCAAUGUCGAUGAUGAAGACGCUAAUGAAUCGUCAGAACAGAGUGAAGAUGAUGAAAAUGAUUCUGAGGAAGUCAAGGAUCUCAAGGCUCUUGGCAAUCUUGUGCUGGCUGCGGAAUCUACAGUCUAA